AUGCCACCACAAUUCCCUUCCUAUCACCGCGGUAUGACCGCCCAGCCACUCAAACCAGUCAAACGAUAUCGCCCUGGCAAAGCGCUUCCAGAAGAACAGUCAUCAGAGGAGGAAGAAGAAGAGGACGAGAUUGCGCAAGAAGAAGAGAGACGGAAACAGGAAGAAGCGGAACGACGUCGCAGAUCACAACAAGUACGACCAGCUCCAAAGGCAACCUCUUUCCCGGCAUCUGCGGCUGGCAAAGUUACAAAGGGUGUCAAGGACGUGACGUUGGAAGAUGAAGAUGAGGAAGGAUUUGUGACGGAGGAAGAAGAGGAAGAGGCGGCGGUAGCCAAGCCGAGUACUACUCAGAGACCGGCUAUCGUUGGUCAAGCGCCCGCUGCUACUGCGGAAUCAGAAGAAGAACAAGAAGAGGAAGAGUCCGAAGAGGAGGAAUCAUCCGAAGAAGAAAGCUCAGAGGAUGAGGCGCCGAGGAGAGUUCUUCUUCGACCGACAUUCAUCAAAAAGGAUAAGCGAAAAGGCAAUGAAGAAAAUAGCGCACAACCUAGCCUAGCAACAGGGGUCGCAGAUACCGCAGCAGAGGCAGAAGCUCGUCGGGCGCAACGGCAGGAAAAAGCAGACUUCCUCGUCCGUGACCAACUCGAAAAAGAAGCCAUGGCACGGCUCGCGGGCAAGAAAGCAUGGGAUGAGGACGAGAACGUUGCUGCCGAAGAAGAAGCCCUCGAUGAUCGCGACGGUCUAGACCCCGAAGCUGAAUAUGCAGCUUGGAAACUCCGAGAACUGAAGCGCAUCAAACGACAGCGCGAAGCAAUCGAAGAAGCCGAAAAGGAACGUGAAGAAAUUGAGCGACGACGGGCUCUAGCACCAGAAGAGCGAGAACGCGAAGAUCAAGAAUUCAUACAGAAACAGAAGGAAGAAAAGGAAGCUGGUCGUGGUCAGACUGGGUUUAUGCAACGAUAUUUUCACAAGGGGGCUUUCUUUCGGGAUGAUCUUGAGCGCGAAGGAUUGGAUAAAAGAAAUAUUAUGGGCGCCCGAUUCGCAGAUGAAACGAAUCGUGAAGUACUACCGGAAUACAUGCAGAUUCGCGAUAUGACGAAAUUGGGAAAGAAAGGUCGAACGAGAUACAAGGAUCUACGAUCUGAAGAUACGGGACGAUGGGGUGAAGGGUUUGAUAAUCGCCCGCGACGGACUCGUGAUGACGAUAAAUUGUUGCAAAAUGUGACCGAUGAACGAUUCUUGCCGGACAGGGAUCGUCGUGAUGACGGUCGAGGAAGAGACGCGACAGCCACGGGGGCCAAUUCCAGCACCGUUAGAGAGGACCGUCGCCGUCGCCGAGAAGAGAUUACAAGAGACGCAAUGAUGACCAUCCUCGAGAAAGAAGCAGGGAUAGAGAUCGGUAUAGGGACGAUCGACCUGAUCGAGACAGGAAAGAUCAGCGGAAGAGAAGUCAUUCGCCUUAUGAUGAUCGAGACAAACGUCGUCGGACUGAGAGUAGAGUUUCGCCUUGAUGCGUUAAACGCUCUGCAUAUUGACAUGUAUAUCAAAUAA